UCUUUUAUUCUGAGUCUUCGUUGACCGAAGACUUUAGCAAUAAACUAACUACUUUUCAUACUCCCUUGAAGUUUCGAUGGAUGCAGAUUAACGCGUUUUCUUAGCUUGAAUUCAUUAGUCUUGAUCAUUUUAGGAGGCCACAAGGAGGUACUAUAAUUUUUUUCUGCAAUAUUGGUUUCUCAUUGUGUGGAAAGACUAGAACAACCGCCUGUGUUUUGUAGAUUCAAACCCUUUCAUGUCUUUCCCUGUGAUGGAUCGUCAAUCGCAGAAGGAUAGAUAUACGAUCCGUGAAAUAAAACGCGAAUAUAUAUCAAAGCUUUAUGAACAACUAAGAGUGAUGAUGUAUACUUAUGAAGCUCGGAUGGAACGAGUGCAUUGCCCUUUGAAAAAGGAUGCCAAGGAAACCCUUCGCUUUAAGGAUAACUUGUUUUUUGAAGCUCAAAAUCUAUUCUCACACUUGAGAGGUAUGAGACGUAUGCUCAAAGCUCUACUCUGCAAGGAUACUGUUGGAUAUCACAGCACAACAGAAAGCCACAUGACAGGGAGUAGAAUUUGGGGUACAUUUUAUGUGCCUAGUAAUAUGAGUGGUUUCUGUUACUUCAACGUGAAAAAUCAAAAGGUGAAUCAAAGUUUCACCACAGAAAACAAGUUCUUGGAGUGUAUCAAUGAACCAUAUGAUGGUAAUCCUUUAGACACUACGAUAACGUUAAAGACUUCCCAACUGCGAGACAAGUUCACAGGUUGUGAUCUAAACAACAAUAGCGAACACUUCAGUCAUGAAAAACGCAAGAAAACCGUACAUCGUGUUUCAUCUUUUGUGAUGGCGUUCAUUGUUUUUCUUUCGGUUGCCAUGGAAAUGUGCAGCCAGUUAUCAAUUAUCCAGCUUCAGCCAAAAUCUGGCCCCAUGUUGUUUUUGUCCACAAUUCUCAAGCUGUUCGGUUUCAUGGCGUAUGUAUCAGCUACUGCAGCGAUGAUUGUUAAUGGUGCACCAUUCUCUAGGAUGCAGGGUUCAAUGCUAAUGUUUUGGGCCACUUUUAUGCUUGUCAGUUCUGCUAAAUCACUCACAGAAGUGUACCUUCCAUUACUGGGAAUCAUUUUCGCAGGAAGUUCUACCAUUAUAUAAAGAUCAAUAAUGAAAAAAUUAAGAAGUGUACCUUCCAUUACUGGGAAUCACUCACAGAAGUGUACCUUCCAUUACUGUUAUACCUCCUAUAUAUAAAUAUGAAUUUAUCUUCUGCGUGCUAGUGUUUAUGGUCUAACAUGCACCUUGAUGUUCAGGGUGCACCCAUGGUCCAACAGCUUUAUAGCCAUAGAUUUUGUUUGAAAUAACUUAACAAAUAAGUCUAUGACUGUAAAGGUUGGUUUUUCAGUCCCCUAAACUCAAGGUGCAUUUAGAACCCUGUGUGUUUCUUGUUCUUGUUUGUAUCAAUAAUUCAUAGGUGAAACACCGUACUUUCGGUGCAGUGCUGUACUGUUUUUGUUGGAUUUUACUUGCUUACCAUUAUGUUGAAAUUUUAUAU